ACAUUUCGUUUUUUUUUUCGUAAAUAACCAAAAAUUUGAUUUCAAAAUUAAUGUCUAUAUUCUCAAUGUGCCAUGGCGUUUCAAUACCAAUUGGGCACGCUCGGCCGGCAAUCGGUUAGAUCGAACAUAAGCGAGUACUUAGAUGUGCCCACGCCACGGCACUCGUUGCUAUCAGGACGGUUCAAGCAGAGUUUUGCCUAUCUAACACUCAGGACUCGAAUGCCCGGCAUAAUGCAACAGAUCAUUCAACAUCUGGUGAACAAUAGAGUGUAUUUGGAAGAGGAAUAUGGCAGGGAAGUGCUUAAAGAUAUAAACUCGAUAGUGGAUGCCUUGGAACGAUUAAAAAUGGAACUGAAUCGCGAUCGUCAAUUUCAGCUAUUUCGUGGUAAUGAACCAGAUAAGGCAGAAUGGAAUGCUUUUAUAUCGGAGCUACCAAAAUUAAAAAGAACAUAUUUUCGGGCUUGUUGGUUACAUGCCGAAUGCUAUAUAUAUCGAAGAAUAUAUUCAUUUUUUGAGAAUAGCAAACUUUUGAAUGGUUAUGAUUAUUUUGCCGAUCUGAAGCGUGAAGAUCUAGAGAUAAGUGAAAGAGCAAUGAAUGCCUUGACUUUAGCCACACGAGGAUUACCCAAAAAUUAUGAAGCCUUUAGUAAAUUGAUGCGUAUCAAUUUGUGGAGUAAUCACUAUGAGAUACAAUUAAAUGCAUUUGUCUUCUCACAAGAUGAGAAUCGUUCGAAAAACCAUCAUGAGAACGAGACGACGAUUGAUGUAUUAGCUCAGGUGGCAGAUUUGGAUCGAAAUUUAUUGAUAGAUGAUUCAAUUUUAAUAUGGAAUUGUCUAAUAAAAUCCAAAGCCCUAUGUAAAGAUGAUGUCAUAGUGGAUCUGAUUUGUGAUAAUGGUGGAUUUGAGUUCUUUACGGAUAUGUUACUUAUGGAAUAUCUAAUAGACAAUGGCCUGGCCACAAAAGUUCGUUUGCAUGUUAAGGCCAUACCCUGGUACAUUUCAGAUCUUACUCGAAACGAUGUGGAAUGGACAAUUAACUUUUUAAUAAACCAUCCCUCCGAAAUGUUAUCAAAUCUAGGUCGCAAAUGGCAUAAGCUAAUGAAAGAUAGAAAAAUUCUCGUUGCGCCUGAAUCAUAUUUUUGGACUGGACCUCAAUCGUAUUUCGUAAUGGUCGAUUCUAAUUUGGAGCUAUAUAAACUAUUGAGCACCGCCAAAUUAUGCAUAUUUAAGGGUGAUCUUAACUAUCGUAAGCUAUUGGGCGAUUACAUUUGGGAUUCAACGGAAGAGUUCAUCACAUGUCUGCGUGGCUUUCGGCCAGCCAAUAUUUGUGCCAUGCGAACUGUAAAAUGUGAAGUGGUCUGUGGAUUGCCCGAAGGUAAAGCCGAUCAGUUAUUGAAAACCGAUCCACAAUGGAUGAUAUCGAGUGCCUAUGGUCUAAUUCAAUAUACAGAUGCCUUAAAAUGUGGUUGUGGCUUAAUCGGAGGAACGUCUACCGAAUGCUCUAUUCAUUCUAUUGGUCGGAACUCUCACUGCGUUAUGCGUUUGCAUAAAAAUAAAGGUACCUGAACGACUUAGCCCCUUUGGCUAGGCUAUGCCCAAUCAAGAAGCUAGUUAAGGCGGCGGCGAUGAUUUUCCAAUGUCUUAAUUUGCAUUUUGCUAGCGGCAUAGAAAACUCUGCAAUAAAUGGUAUGAUAUUUGUCAGCUUAUCAAACGACGCCCACCGCGCACACUUUUUUCUGAUGCCUCUUGGGACAAGUGCCUGAGCUCGACCAUUAUAACCACAAUCAGCACCACCUGCAUUUCUAUUAACCGCACUGAGAGAGGCCAGUUAGUUGACUAAUGCUGUUGAUUUUAUUGAUGGGGCGCACAUGCUUGGUCAUUUGUCAGAUGCAAAUUGAAAAAAUGGAAAGUUUCAUCAAAUAAUAUGCUGGGGCCAGAAGCUGUUGAUGUAAAGAUUUAGAGAGUUGCUAGCAUUUAAUUAAUAUACCUCCAUAUACAUACUUCCCGCCAGAAGACGGUAAUCCUGCUGCGUUGAGAAUCUAUGAUUUUUCUUAUAAAAACCAUUUUUGUUUCUAAAUCUUACAACAAAUCAUCAA